AAACCAUGAUGCCGAGCGGCUCGCAGAGUGCAGGUGGAGAGGCCAUGAGUGAAAACAAAUUUCUGAACACAGACUCCAGCACAGGAUCAGUGGAAACAACUGUGAAGCUGUUACCAUUUAAAGAUCCAAAUUUUGUGCAUUCCGGCAUUGGUGGAGCAGCAGCUGGCAAGAAGAACAGGACUUGGAAGAACCUAAAACAAAUUCUUGCUUCUGAAAGGGCAUUGCCAUGGCAACUAAAUGAUCCUAGCUAUUUUAAUAUUGAUGCUCCUCCUUCCUUUAAGCCUGCCAAGAAGUAUUCAGACAUUUCAGGACUUCCAGCAAAUUACACAGAUCCUCAGAGCAAGCUCAGAUUUAGUACUAUAGAAGAAUUUUCCUAUAUUCGGAUGCUCCCUUCGGAUGUGGUGACAGGAUACCUUGCUCUAAGGAAGGCGACAAGUAUUGUUUCCUGAAAAGACCAAAUGUUGUAUAUCUCUUGUGAACAGUGCUAAGUUUGAGAAUCGUGAUGGAAACUGACUGCAGGACUGAGGUUCAUUAAAACUAUGUAUGGAUUUUUUACAUCUGGAAGGAGUUGAUGAUACAUGGAUUUAAAGAACAUCUGAAUUUCAUUUUGGUAAAUGCUGAUAUCUGUUAGUUUGCCAGAUUGUAAGCAAUUUGUUUUGGUGAACGCAAUACCUUAGACCUUAAAGAUAUGCAUCUGCACCAUAGUGUCUGAGUUAGAUUCAUUUUUGUA